AUAUAAACCCAGAAUGCACAUGAAUUCCAUCACUCACUCUGAGCACUUCGAUCUUGAUCUUUAACCACAGCCGACCACAGCCAACCCAGACUCAAGAUGCCCUUCAAGCCACACUACGUGUUGGUCGUACUGACUCUCUGCUGCGUUGCUGCUCUUCACGCGUUUCCUAUGGGCGGCUUCGCUCCACGUGCGACAUGCCGUUGCAUCCGGACGUCCCCUGCCUUCAUCUCUCCCACCAGGUUUCACAAGUUGGAGAUCUUACCUGCAGGAGCCCACUGUAGUCGCAUGGAGAUGAUCGUUACCAAGAAGGACAAGACCAUCAUCUGUGUGAAUCCAGAGGCAAAAUGGAUCAAAAAAGUCAUUGCCCGGUUACAAAGUAACAAGGGAAGUGCAGGUGUCCCCAUCUCAACCACGACGGAUGGCAUCAACAUGAUAGUGGAACAGCUACAGUAAACGGUCAACAUCAUCACAUCAUUCAAUCUGGAGCAAAAUGGAAUGAACACAACACGAGUUUACGCAAUACCAAUGCAUUCAAUUGUAAUAUUGUAAUAACAAAUUAUUUAAUUUCUCUGAAAUUAUCUCUGUACGUAUUAUUUCAUGUCCUUAUAAUGUAUCGUCUCCAACCCAGAGAAAUAAAGAUGGACAAAACAUA